CGCAUUGCCGCUGUCCGCGCUCGUGUGGGGCCCGUGAAGAUCCAGCGGGAGUGUUAGCUGUGUAAUGGCGGCUUCGGUGUUGCUCUCCGCGGAAAGCGCCGUGCCCUCUUUUACCGUCGGCCAUCCCGCCGGUGCGGCGGGAACUACUCAUCACGGAUUAUCCAAUGCUCCCGGACCCGCGUCCUGGAACCGCUCGCUGGACCGGGCGCUGGACGAGGCGGCGGCCACCGGAACGCUCAACCUGAGCGGCAGGAAGCUGAAGGAGUUCCCGAGGAGCGCCGCCGGACACGACCUGACCGACACCACCCGGGCCGAUCUAUCACGAAACAGGUUGACGGAGCUGCCGGUGGAGGUGUGCAUGUACGUGUCGCUGGAGAAUCUGAACCUGUACCAGAACUGCCUACGUUCUCUUCCAGAGAGUCUGAUCAACCUACAGUCUCUCACCUACCUAAACAUCAGUCGAAACCAGUUGUCCAGUCUCCCCGCUCAUCUGUGCCGACUGCCGCUCAAAGUUUUGAUCGCCUGCAAUAACAAGCUGCUAUCGCUGCCGGAGGAUCUGGGCAGACUCAGACAGCUCACUGAACUGGAUGUCAGCUGCAAUGAGAUCCAGACGCUUCCUCCACAGAUCGGUCAGCUGGAAGCUCUGCGUGACCUCAACAUCCGCAGAAACCACCUCGUUCGUCUGCCUCCUGAGCUGGCCGAGCUGCCGUUGGUCCGGCUCGAUUUUUCCUGUAAUAAGGUAACGACGAUCCCAGUGUGCUACCGCAAUCUCAGACACCUCCAGAGCAUCAUUCUUGACAACAAUCCUCUCCAGAGUCCACCUGCACAGAUCUGUAUAAAGGGAAAGAUCCAUAUAUUUAAAUAUCUCAACAUGGAGGCGUGUAAAGCAGCAUCAGACCUUCCAGACUACGACAGAAGACCAGUGCCCUACGGAUCCUAUGCAGAGGAUUUGUUUCCCGGCCGGCCGUACGGAGCUCUGGACUCUGGCUUUAACAGCGUGGACAGCGGAGACAAGAGGUGGUCAGGAAAUGAGCCUUCAGACGAGUUGUCAGACUUGCCGUUGAGAGUGGCGGAAAUCACCAAAGAGCAAAGACAGAGACGAGACAGAGAAAGAGAGCGCGAGGAUCCUCGGACGGGGUCUCACGUGACCAAUGGCACAUUGGAAACGGAGAUUGAACAGAUAGACUUCAUUGACAGCUGUACGGUGGAUGAUGAGGGGGAGGAUGGGCGGAGCCGUAGAGGGGCGGAGCCUGUCAGCCUCAGCUCACAGUUCAUGGCCUACAUUGAAAGACGAAUCACCAGAGAGGGUUCACCUGUGAAGACCAGCCCAUUCAGAGACUUGAGAACCGAUGAUCCGAGACACCAAACCUCCUUAAAUAACCGUGGUGGGUCGGAUACAGCGGUCACAUCUUCAUUCACUCAUAACCAGCGGUCCGCUGGUGUGUUGUCAGGUUCUGGUGGCGGUGUGGAGAGAGUGAGAAGAGAAGCUCAUCUGGCGGCUCUGCGGUACGAAGAAGAGAGACAGAAAACAAGAUCAGUGCAAAGAGAUGCUGUUAUGAAUAAUGCCAAGCACAAGUUGUCUCAGAGCCCUUCGAAGCUCAGUCCAACAGACAGUGAGAGUGAGUUUGAGCCCCUACUGAUAUUUGAGAUAGACACAGAUACCAACACUAUAAAGAAGAGGCCAGACCCUCACAAACAGUCCCUCUCUGCUGUGCCUCUGGAUGGGUGUGUGUCUCCCACUUUCUCCGUCUCUGCCUCCUGUACGCCGCAGCAAGGUGAAGAUUAUGCCUCGGUGUCACCCUCCGCGCUCCAGUCCCCUCAGUCCCCCCCGUCCCCCUCCUGCGGCCCCAAUCAGAGACCCGAGAGUUACCUGUUUCGCCUGAGUCAGCGAGAGGAGAAGAAAAAAGGAGAAUCCGGCACAGAGAAGGCGGAGCCAGUGGAAGCCACUCCCACACAGAGCCCCGCCCCAACGGGAGAGGAGGCGAUCCUAAUAGAGCAGCUGAGAAGGAAUAUCGAGUGUCGACUCAAGGUGUCCUUACCUAGUGAUCUUGGGGCAGCUUUGACUGACGGGGUCGUGUUGUGCCAUCUGGCCAACCACGUGCGUCCCCGAUCCAUAUCGAGCAUCCAUGUACCCUCACCGGCAGUGCCCAAACUGACGAUGGCCAAGUGUCGACGAAAUGUGGAGAACUUCCUGGAGGCGUGCCGCAGAAUUGGAGUUCCUCAGAGCCAGCUGUGUCUCCCUCUGCACAUCCUGGAAGAGAGAGGUUUGCCUCAGGUGGCCGGGACGGUUCGGGCCCUCCUGGAUCUGGCCCCUCCGAAAAACACGCCCUCCCCCAGCACGACCCCCGCCGGGCUCAACACGGUCUCCCCCCUCGCCCUGUAGGACCGAGAGCUAAAGGAGUCUCCUCCCAUCACCCCCGAAGAUCUUUAAGACCCCUUUCUGAUCUUGAGUGACACUCAGAAUGGUUCUGUAAGGGUAACACACACACACACACACACACACACACACACUACCUGCUCUUCAAACCCGGAGAGAAGAGAAUACUGACGAGACCUGCGAACAUGUCCAGAGACUUCUUUGAAGCUAGAUUUCUAUUUCGUUUUUAACACUUCAUUAUCUUUAACUAUUAUGGGUGGUGUUUAUUUUUAUUCUGUAUUGUUUUUAUUUUUAUUAUUAUUAUUAUCGACUCUGAAGUUAUGUGAGAUUGAGAGUUCACGUAUCGGAGUUACUUUGGCUGGUGGUUUAAUCUCACAAAAACCUGCGCAGGUCACAUUUCACAUGAAAUAAAAUAAGAUGACACUUACAGAAAUGGAAACAUUUUUUAGGACCACUGUGAUUUGUGUGACAUUAUUUUCAUAACGUGCAAAACAAUUUCUCAUUAUCACAAUGCAAAGAAAAAUGUAUUUUUUUUAAAUAAAACUUUUUUUUUUUUUUAUAAUACAUUUGAAUAUUGGUCUAUUUUUUUCAGUGCAUUAUAAUGCAAAUAAAAUGAUGUAUUUAUAUAAAUAAUAAAAAACAAUUUUAAUAAACAAUUUGCUUUGCAUUAUACUGCAGUGAAAAAUAAAUACAUAUUUUUUACACACAUUUUCAUGGUGUAUUGUUAUUAUGAUAAUGAAAUAUUAAAUAAAUUGUAAAGCAUUUGAAUUUAUGAAAUUAAAUUACUUACAUUUAUUAAAAUAACUUUAUGCAUUUAUUUUAUUAAAUUAACUUAAUACCUUUAAUUCGUGAAGAUUUAAAUAAUCGAUGUAUUGCCAUAUCUGUACUAUAUUACAGUAAUGAGAAUAAUUAUUGAAUAAUGAGAAUUACUAAAAUGAAAUAAUAAAAUGUUCAAAUGCAUCAUGACAAUAAGAACUGGAGCAGGAAAUGAAUUCAUUUUUAUGAAAGUAAUGUCAUAAUGAAAAAGAUAACUAAACCUUGCCAUAGGCUGUUUUCUUGUUUAUUUUAGGUGAAGUGUGGCGUGUUUCCGUGAGAUUCAACUGUGAGCGUUUAUAGAAACAGUCCAGAGCAGCGUGUAAAUGACUGAAUGACACUAAUUCACAGCUGUCCUAGAAUAACACACGAGGGAUCCAGAGAGAGUUUCUGUACAGUUUUAGUGUUUUUUUCUUUUUCUAAUGACACUUUUAGUGCUACUUUGAGUACUACAAUCGCACCAGAAGAAAACUAUUAAAACUUAAAGAGCUCACAGACUUUAUUGACCUAGUCAAAUUGAGAGGCAUAUUAAAGUGCUAUAGCAAUGUUUAGCAUGAUGGGCACAGUUAAAAAACAAAACAAAAAAAAAAUAUAUAUGUAAAGAUGUUUGAAACACGGUAAAUGAAUAAAACACUUAUAUUUUCAUAGCCUAUUUUCGAGCGGCGAGGGCUGAUUUCUAUUGCUGUUGUGUGUUUAUAUGUAACUGGUUUUGCAUGUGUGGGAUUCUGGGUGUUGGGAGUUGGACUGAAAUGGGACGGCGGUAUAAAAGCUGUUUUUAUUUUAUUUCCUUUUUAUUGAGAUUGUUACAUUGGCACCGUUGCAUGUCUUUGAUUAUGGAUUGUCUUCAACACAACACACGUCUCCUCCGGAGCCCAGACGUCUGUGUGUGUUGUUCACUCGUUGAGGACGUAGGCUUUGCAGAUCCACUUGGAGUGAGUCCUGAACACGGUCAAGAGCAUGGCCAGGUCAUUACACCCCAAAAUCAAGAGAAAUCAAUUAUGUUUACUUAUUUUUCAUGACAAGUAAGCACAUUUUUACUGCAUGCUUUAAAAUAUAAAACAGGUUCAUUUAAAUAAUGCAAUGGGAAUGUGUUAAAGCAAGUUUUUUUAUUGUUAUUAGUAUGCUAAGAAUUUCAUUAAAUGAUGCUUUGUAGACUUAAUUGUCUGCAUUAUAAUGUUGUG